GUGUGUGUGUGUGUGUGUGUGUGUGUGUGUGUGUGUGUGUGUGUGUGUGUGUGUGUGUGUGUGUGGUGGGGUCUUCCCAAAAGAACAAUCAGUGUAGCAGGAGAACAAACAUAAAGUGCUAAAGCUAAAAGCCUCAAAUAGCGAGAAGAGGACACGUAGACAAACAGCGAGCUAAACUAUAGAAGACGAACAGCUUUUGAACACGACUUGGAACAGAAACUGACCGAAUUUUGGAUGAUCUGACUCAAUGCAGGACCAUCAGUGGUGAUGGACUACGAACCAAAGAAACCCAAAAAGGGUUUUGUCUCACCAAUCAAGCGUCUGGUGUGGUCCAAAUCUGGCCGUAGGUCUGUAGAUCGAGGCGCCGUCUACCGCCGGCCCCUGCACACCGUCCCCCUUUACCCCCCCGAUUACCUCAUUCACCCAGAGAGGCUCAUCUUUGACUAUGUGGAGAAGGAGGUGAAGCUUCUUGGUCAGCUGACAUGGGUAUCUGUUUCACUGAAUCCUUCUAGCAGAGAUGAACUUCUACAGCUACUGGAUACAGCAAGGCAGCUAAAGGUGCUCCCUCUGAAGACGAGUGUAGAUCAAGACUGUAUUCUGAGUCUGUCUGCUCGCUGUCUGCUGCUGACAUGGAGGAACAAUGAGAAGCUGCUGAUGAGAAUCCCCACGCAUGAGAUUGCUGCCGCCUCCUACCUGAGAGAUGAUGCAUUACACCUGCUGGUCCUCAAGACAGGUCUAAACGUGGACUCUGUGGUGGCUGAAGAUGACAGCCUGGACAGGAAGAAGCCACCAGGCAACAACGGGCGUUGUCAAACGUCCAGCUGCAAUGCUAACCCACGACCUGCAGGUGGCACAAUGGAGCGCAGACACACCAUCUGUGGGGUGGACUGGAGACCAUCACUGUCCAGAAGCAACCAUGACAAGAACCAAAACGUUGAGAGAGGAGGAGAAAGAGAAAGAGGAGGAGGAGGGAGUUUAGAGAGAAAGAGAGUGGGGGGGAGCUGGGAGAGAAAGCAACAAACUCGUAGAACAGGGGGAAGCUGGGAGAACCGCAGAGCACGGCCCAUGAGUGUCAACUGGGGAGUGGGACCUGGAGGGAGUGGAGGAGGGAGCUGGGAAAGGCGGCAUGGAGGUGGAGUAGGAGGUGGUGGAGGAGGGGGGAGCUGGGAGAGGAGAGGAGGAGGUGCUGCAGGUAGUGGAGGGAGCUGGGACCGGAGACAAGCUUGCACAGGAAGCUGGGAACGAGGCAAAAGUUAUGGCAGCUGGGAGAGAAGGAACUACAACCCACUGGAGCCCACACCCUGUCCUGAUGCCUACUGCAACCUGGUCAUCCUGGCUGUUGAGAACCGGGAUGCUGCAGAGGAGUACUGUUCUCUAAUUUGCCAGAUGUUCCAGAUCAUUUACGGGCAUCAGACGAUUGAGUGUGUCGACAGGGCAGGAUUUCAUCACACCAUGCCAGAUCACUCCUGGCUGCAAAGGAGUGAUAGCUGUCUGACUGACGGGUCCUACAACUUUGAUCCAGAGUUCAGCUGCUGCAGCUCAUAUGACGGUUCCCAGGAAGCCUUUGAGCUUUACUACAGUGAGACAUACAGCGAGAGCUCAUCUGUCUCCCUGCAGGAUUCCCAGCGUAGUCUGGCAUCAACCAGUGAUGGAGCAGACAACAACCCCCCUCUGCAGCUGAUGCAGGAGUAUAUGAUCACACUGCGUAACAAGCUGAGUCCGGUGGAGCUGCAGCAGUUUGCGGUGCUGCUGAGGGAGUACAGGCUGGGAUCAAACAUCGACUACUUCUGCUUCGAGUUACUGCAACUGUACGGAGACGACCGCAAAUUCCUGCUGUUGGGCAUGAGGCCAUUCAUCCCAGACAAGGAUGUCGGAACAUUUGAGACUUUCCUCGAAAGUAUUGGGAUUCGGGAGGGGGGGAUUCUAACCGACAGCUUCGGGCGGAUUAAACGCAGCAUGAGUAACACACUGGCCACAGCCAUGAGAGGUAGAUACGACAACGGUUCCCUAGCAACAGGAUCCCAGGAAUUCAAUCGACGCAUCUCCGACAUCACCCACGACAUCCAGGCACUGGGCUUCCAGGACACACAUGGAGACAUUGAGGAGGAAGACUACUACCUGUGAUGAAGACAGCAGCACAGGCUUCCCUACGUGAGGAUGGAUUUCCUCAGACACAGAUGGACCCAGAUAGAGAGGUGCCAGGUCAGAGGUCACAAACCCUUGUUGAAAACUGACAGAUGGGUAAAAGUCAUUAAAUUGGCCCUUCUGGGAUAUAUAUUUUAAAUCAAGAUGAAGCAGUGUGUGAAUCUUAAAAGAAUCCGCAAACCAAAACAAUCAGCCUGGAUGCUAAUAAAAGGACAUUUACCUAGACGUCUUCAGACCAGUGGGCACUACUCACGGGUCUCACACAUUCAGCUUUGUAGCACUUUUGUAUUCAGAGCGUUUGCAGCAUGUUCAUCAGGUUUCUCUCAGCUCAAUACAGACUCUGGAGUAAUGAUGUAAGGGGAUGGGAUUUAUCCAUGAGCACAAUGACUGGCUGAACAAAUGUAACACUCUAUCAGAACCUUAUUAAAAGUUCGUCUACAUCACUGAAACAGAAGCUACUUAACUAACCGUUGCAUCGGACGUAUGAGUCUUUUGAAUGUUCGAGCGUUUAGUUCUGGUUAAGUCAUCAACACCUGAAUGACCCUGUCUAGUUUGCAUGUGGGCUGUCCCGCCUGCGCUUCAGGAAAACUAAUGAUCAGAUGAUCAGGAUAACAUUUCUAAACCAAUAACAGACACUUUGUGCAUCUUCUUAUUUACACUGUAAUAAUGAAGAUAAAUUAACACACACACAUACACGCAUGAGCAUGCAUGCUUUAAAUGAAGCAGAAGAAGGAAACGCAGUGGACCUGAGGAUGUGAAACACUAUUUGUAGCCCCGCCCCUCACCCCCACAGCCCCUCUAAACGUUCCAGCUGUAUCACUACAACACAUAACCUGAACUGUGCUUGUGUAGUGACGAAUAAGCAGAACUAAAACACUCGUUGAGACAUUUGGGACUAUGGAGCCUCUUAUUCAGCAGAGACACUUAUCAUGUUAAUUUUUCUGGCUUCAGAAUUCAACAGAUGCAGCUUUCAGCUGAGCACAACAGGCUUUAGUUUAUUAAUUUAACAAUCAGAAUGAAAACAUUAGAUUUUUUCUACUAACUUGUUUAACAUGUAUUACAGUAAGUCCACCCUUAGUUUUGGAGCUUUUCUGAAGAGAUCAGCUACAACCAGCGUUUCCCUGAUGGAUGUGUAAUUUAUAUCUGUCCCCACAAGGAGGCAGGAAAGGGAAAAUUAUUUUGUAUACAUCAUUGUUCAUGAGCUAGAGGCAGAAAUGGAGCCUUAAUGAAUGAAUAAUGAGAUAAACAAACAGGUAAAUAUGUGUAUUCCAGUCCCAGUUCUGCAGUGACCUGUUGUCCUUUCCGUGGUGUCAGCGUUUCUCCCCGCCUCUCGUCUGUGGCAACAUGACAUCACUGCACAUCAGAGCAGAGGGAGUCAACACCCAUGGGCUUCACCUGAGUCACAACACCUCACUCAUUAUUCUAACCGACGCCUCUUUGUGGAUGUGUUAGUCAGAAAUCUGACUUUUAUCAGCAUGUUUUCAUGUUGCUUCAUUAAUUAACAAGGUGCUGUAUAUAACUGACCUAACCUAAGGGUCUUUGUUAGGUCAGACAUCUUAAUCAGAACCAUAAAGAUGGACCCAGCAUGAACAAGGGUCAGGAUUUUUGUUUUGAUUAUAUUAAUCUAGGGUUUAGUUUAGUGCAGUUCUGUCCAACUAUUUUAUUAAAAAGAACAAAGUUUGGAGGUUUGCUGUUGAAGAGAAACUGUCAGAUUCUGCUCCGACCUCUCUGACUCUUGGUCCCGUCUACCCCUAAUUAGUUGCUUAUUGGACUCAUCUGCCCCUUGUUAUCAUGCCCAUGUGUUCCUAUUAUCCUGUUGUAUUUAUACCCCCGGUUCUGCACUUGCCCCUGUCGGAUCAUUGUUGUGUUUUCACCCUGUUAUGUUGCUCCUGCUGUUUCAUCUUACCUGCCAUGAUUCAUUAAAUCCGUUUUAUUUUACCUUAGCUGCAUCUCUGCCUCCUGGUCAAGCUCCACCGCACAUGGGUCCACCACCGCCGACACCGCAUCGUGACAGAAUCUUUGUAAAUGAAGAUGUUUGUUUGAUUUUAAAAGAAAAGCAUCCUUGGAUCUGAUGGGGCCGGUUGUUUUCUAGUGUCUUGGUCUGUAAAAUAAAUGUGAGUCCAUUAUCGGCAACAAGAACAUAAUCUGAGCCACUCUUUCUUCUGCCAUGCUUGCAGGGAUUAGAGAGCUCCUAAAUCUGCUGUUUAGUAAAAGUGAGUUUUUGCUUCGUUUCACCAAAAUUAAAAUACAAGUAAAAAAAAACUGGAUUAAAAAGACUAAACAAUUUGCA